AGCCGAUAGAGCUAGCCAUCCGCCCAGCAGCAGGCGGCACAACCAUCAUCCAGUGCACGUCCAUGGCGACCUGCGGCAGCCCUGUGCUCGCUCUGGCCUCGCAGGAUGAGGACCUUCUUCAGCGCAAGCCCCGGCCUUACAUCCCAAGCAUCUGGGGCGACUUCUUCCUCAAACACCAGCCAGGCACCCCAUCGCAGCUUCUGUCCAUGAAGGAGAGGGCAAGGAGCAAGCAGGAGGAGGUGAGGCAGAUCUUACUCGACACCGCUGCCUCCUCUGAGCUGGUUCUCAAGCUGAAGCUUGUCGAUACGCUGCAACGGAUCGGAGUGGACUACCACUACAAGAAGGAGAUCGACGAGUUGCUGCGUGAUGUUCACGGCGCCCAGCAUGAAGAAGCAGGCUUCGAUGACGAGCUAUAUGUCGUAUCGCUGCGGUUCUAUUUGCUCAGAAAGCAUGGGUACAAUGUCUCUUCUGAUGUGUUUGUGAAGUUUAAGGAUGACCAAGGAAACUUUGCGAGUAAUGAUGCGAAAUGUCUGUUGGCCCUGUAUGAUGCUGCGAAUCUCAGAAUUCGCGGUGAAGACAUACUUGAUAAUGCCGUGGUUUUCACCAGGAGUCGCCUCCAGUCUAUGAUGAAAACUUUAGAUCCAGAGCUCGCAGCAGAGGUGGGAUACACGUUGGAUACACCUAGUUACAGGAGGGUUCAAAGACUGGAAGCAAGGCGCUAUAUCUCUUUGUAUGAGAAAAAGGUUACGCGAAAUGACACCAUACUGGAAUUUGCAAAGCUGGACUACAAUAUUCUGCAAGCUCUGUAUUGUGAGGAGUUGAAAGCUCUUACAGUAUGGUGGAAAUAAGGUCUCCAGUCACAAGCGUACGAGAGAUUUGCACGGGAUAGAGUGGUAGAGAUGCAUUUUUGGAUGCUUGGGGUUAUUCAUGAGCCUCACCAGUCAUAUGCACGGAUAGCAUUGACGAAAUGCUUUAAAUUGGUGUCGCUGAUGGACGACUUCUGUGACAACUAUAGCACCACAGAAGAAUAUAAAAUAUUCAUUACUGCUCUGGAAAGGUGGGAUGAACAAGCCGCGGAGAAAUUGCCCGCAUACAGGAAGGACUUAUUCAUCUUCAUACUCAACACUAUAAACGAUAUCAUGGAAGAUUUAAAACUUCAGAAAAACAAGCAUGCUGAAUUUGUCAAAGAACUGUUUAUUGACACUGUCAAACGUUACGGUGCUGAGAGAAAAUGGAGCGACGAGCACUACGUACCAGUAAAAAUUAGUGAGCACCUACAGGUUUCAGUGGGUAGCAGUGGAUGUAUGCAUAUAGCAAACAUCACUUUCGUCUUAAUGGGAGACGUAACUACCAGAGAGGCCAUUGAGUGGGCUUUCUCCUUUCCAGAAAUGAUAAGAGCUGUUUGUAUUGUCGGGCGCAUCAUUAAUGACAUCAUGUCACAUGAGCGAGAACAAGUUUCGAAGCAUGUCGCGUCCACGGUGCAAACUUGCAUGAAGGAAUACGGGAUGACGGUGCAUCAAGCCUAUGAAAAGCUUAGAGCCCUAAUCGAUGAAGCAUGGAUGGAAAUUGUCCAGGGAUGCCUUUGCAAGACUCAACCCAUGGAGCUUUUGGAGAAGGUGGUUAACGUUGCACGAGUAAUGGAUAACAUGUACAAGCGUGAUGAUGCGUAUACCAACCCAUACAGUCUCAAAGACACCAUAACUUCAAUGUACGUGAACUCUGUGUGAAUAUGAUAAAGAUCCAGCACCAAAUAGGGCUUUUCAUCAGCAUGAUACAUGUGUUAAACAUGCCACCAUGAUUUU